CUCCUCCAUGAGCGGCGUGAUGCCCAGUCUGGUCGCGGCGCCGUCCAGGAUCAAGGACCUGCUGGAGGGAGACACCAAGUGGGAGUUCGACAUCCUCGAGCUGGAGUCACUCACGGGACGCAGGCCACUCAUCUGGCUGGGUCUGUCCAUCUUCGUCAAGAUGAACGUGCCCACCAGCAUCGAGAUCGACGACAGCACCAUCCGCAACUGGCUACAGCUGAUCGAGUCGCACUACCAGGACAAUCCGUAUCACAACUCCACCCACGCAGCAGAUGUAAUGCAAGCCACGGCGUACUUUCUGCUCAGGCUUCGAAAGAAGGACAUAUUCGACCCUCUGGACGAGGCCAUCUGCCUGAUUUCUGCUGUGUUUCACGAUGUCGACCAUCCGGGAAAGUCGAGCCCAUUCCUCUGUAACUCGAACAACGAGCUGGCCAUUCUCUACAACGAUCGGUCUGUGCUCGAGAGCCAUCACGCAGCGUAUGCGUUCAAGUUGACGCUUUCGGACGAGAAAGUGAACAUCUUCCAGAACUUAGAUCGCGACGUCUACCGCACGGCUCGCACGUCUAUCAUCGACAUGGUGCUCGCCACAGAGAUGACCAAGCAUUUCGAGCAUCUGUCCAAGUUUCUCAACGCCUUUCAGAAGCCCCUUCAGGAAUGCGAAAUGAUCGAACAAGAGGCAAAGCGUGGAGAGGCCCUGUCCCUCCGCUCACCGGACAGCCUCCAGCUGAUAAAGCGCAUGCUCAUCAAGUGCGCCGACGUGUCCAACCCGGCCAGGCCUACGGAGUUCUGCAUCCAGUGGGCGCACCGCAUCGCCGAGGAAUACUGCGAACAGACGGACGAGGAGAAGCGACGUGGACUGCCCAUAACGAUGCCGGCCUUUGAUCGAGCCACAUGCAACAUUGCGAGCUCACAGACUGGCUUCAUUAACUACUUCGUGCGCGACAUGUUCAGGGCAUGGUCAGACUUCGGCGAUUUCCCCGAGCUGAUGGAGUACGUCGAUAAGAACUUCAUUUACUGGAAGGACAAGGAACCUGCGUCAACUCAGCAAGGUAGCCGCUAACGGUUAGCGUGGCAGGUUCGUUGGUU